CUUGCGAACCACGCAUGCGUAAGCCCUUCCGUGGCGUUUUCCACCGAGUGAACGCAGCGCCUCCUGGCCAGCGCGUCGACCUGUCGCACGCUUCCGCCUCUCAUGUUCGGUUCUCCUUUUUGUCAACAAACAUGGCAACUUACGUGCUUAUGCUUCCGAAACGAUGACUCUUGUGUUCUGCUUCCAACGACUAGUAACCUGCCUGUAGAUGAAGGAAGCAUAGAAAGUCUUGUGGCAUGCACUGUUUCACGCCGACGGUUUGUCGGUCAGCGCUGGUUUGUGUAGCGUUUGUGACCGCGUUCGUGUUUAUUUUGAUCAGCUCCGGCAGCUCGUCGUCUCGACUUGCUUACCACUGGGUGCGACUAAAGCCAUCACAUUAUUGGCAGAAGUUCAAAGAGCAUCAGCUAGUCCACGGAUCGCAGGCUGCGAGCUAUUAUGCUUCUAACAGCACGGAAAACGGACUUCAAAACGAGUUCGAGCCUUCGACCGUCCGAGACGAGGACUUCGACAUAAGGGGCUCGGAUGUUAUCGUUCUAUUACAAAUACAAAACGCCGGUGCUAAUUUCUUAGAACGGAGAUUAAUCGAAGACCUAGUGUUACAGAGACCUUGCGCAUGCCGUAGAGGCCGAAAAAUUUGUCACUGCUACAGACCUCGCAAGCGCAGUUCGUGGCUCUUCAGUAGGUACACGCUGGGGUGGAAAUGUGGUGUCCAUCCGGACUGGACUGAACUGAAUACCUGUGUAGAUCGCGUGCUCGACGAAGACGAAGGAGUCCCCACAAAACGCAGGUAUUUUUACAUAACCGUGCUGAGAGAUCCUGUGGCCCGGUUCCGCAAUGAAUGGCGACGGUUCCACCAGAAUCGAGGCUGGCAUGGCUCCCGGCCCCAUCCUCACUUUUGCUUGGACCAACCAGUGUCAGUGCCUGCUCCCAGUGUCUGCUUUGAAGGCAGGAGACCUGAAAAUAUAACCUUUACUGAGUUUGUGUCCUGUUCAGCAAACCCUGCGCUUAAUCGCCAGACACACAUGCUUGCAGAUCAUGGUCUCAUUGACGGCUGUCCUCAGAAUGAUUCAGUCGGAUUGUUGCUUACUAAGGAGGACCGUGACAUGGUUCUUUUGACCAGUGCAAAGAAAAACCUGGAACACAUGGCUUUCUUUGGCCUUGCAGAAUUCCCUCGUCUUUCAGAAUCUCUAUUUGAGGCCACAUUCAAGUUAAAAUUUCGAAGAAGGGCAAGACCACGUAAAUUUUUACGUGGUCGGCUGAUGGGACGUGGUCAUGCAGUACCUUCACCCGGUGAAGUGGAAAAGGUGACAGCUGCCAAUAGUUUGGACACAGAAUUGUACAACUAUGCUAAGGAGCUUCUUUUUGAUAGAUUUCACAAACUUAGUGACAGUGAUCCAGCUGUAGAGAGGAAUAGCAACAACGUGGAUUCAGAGGAUGAUGAAAACUGGGCUGAAGAGGAGGACUUCUUUGAUAACAUAUAGUAAUGUUUUAUUUUAUUACUUAAAUUUAAUGCAACUAGAUAGACUAUUUGGAUUAGUUUCAUGUGUUAGCAUAACACAUGAAAGAAAUUGGUCUUCAGACAAUAAUUUCAAAAAAAUGCAGUCACCUGCUUGAAUGGCUUGGAAGCGUUACCUUUGCAGGUUCUCUGAUCUUCAUUUAAUAUUCAGGCAGUUGCACAUCUGCACCAACUUGCCAAUCUUUCAGUGCUGCUGUAAUAUACUCAUGGAUCUUUAGCAAAAAUGUGGGUCAUAGGAUCUUCAAAUAGCUAUUAGUAGUCAUAAAUUGCAUUCAAUUUUCUGUUGUUGUUCACUGUUGUUACUAUCUUAAGUGCAGCUUUUACAUAAGUAUGAUGGGUAACUUAUGCGGGUAAUCUUGCGUUUUUUCUGUACUGCACCAUUAGCUAACACCACAGGUUCUGUUUAAAACAGCUCUUGAAAGCUGUAAAUGUGCAUGCUGUGUUGCACAAUCAAUAGGGAACUUUGGAGUGUACAGUGUGGUACAAGUGACUGCAGUUAUCAUGGGCCAGUGAGCAGUCACAAGCAGUUAUUUAUGAAACUUCAUGUACAUACUUUUGCCGGUGUCUUGUUGAAGCAGCCUUCAUCACCAUAAUGUUGUUCCUUUUAGUGUAUCUGUAAUGUUCCUCACAUUGUUGGUGUGUGUGAUUGUGGAAACCGACGUUUGUUACUGUGCACAGCCUGAUACAGUAGGGUGAAGUGGGCAGUUUCAAUGCUUGUGGGUGUAUGAAUUCAUCAAGCUGUGAGCUUAAAUUUACAGAUUGAACAUAUGGUUUCAAUUUGCCUCUGCUGCCCAGUGCAAUUGCUGCUUAUGGACCAUGUUCUGUCAUUUUUACAUUGCAAGUGUUUCCCACCAACAAAAUGCAGCUAUUGAUUGAAUACUGUGAGUCUUUAUGACUAACAGAGUGCAUCUAACAAUUAAAAGGACACUAAAGAUGACCACUAAAUAAGUUUAGAUUGAUGAAGUAUUCUUUAAAAACUCUAUUUUAGUUCAUUUUGCGUUAAGAGGUUGAUUACUGGAAGAGAAAAUGAAAGUCCCAAGUUUCACUUUUAAAUAUGUUGCACUGGAACGUCAGUGUGACUUCAUUAAUUUCAAAGUAUCUUUUUCUUAUUUGGGCUGUUGUGAUUCAGUAAUACUUCAUCAAACUUGUAAAGUCCAGUUUUUGGGUCUUUGAGACUACAAUGUAGUCGAUAUUUUACAAAAAUUAACUAGGCCCGAGAAGACACUGUCAAAAUCCAUGAAAGUAUGGCAAGGUUAUAGCAGAACUUAAAGGCCAAUUGCAAAGAAAUUGCACUUAGGCUAAAUUAGUUAUAAAUGAGUAGCAUAUACAUACUGCUGAAGCAACCUUAGCAAAGCUGCAGGGCUGGUAAUUGUCUAAUUUUAUUAUUAGCAGCCUUUAAAUAGCACCUAAGCAGAUGACUCGUGCACCUAGUGGUUGGGCCAGUAUGAUGUAAGUUCCAGCGCGUCGCCUCCAAAAAUUUUCAACAUUCCAUGGGAAGACGUGGGAAAUGGCUAACCUUGUAGGUCAUGCCUGGGAGCCGUGCAUUCUUAGUCAUGCAUCACUUCCGGUGACAGUAGUGGCGGUGUCUUUUUUUUUUUUUUUUAGUUUCAGUAUCUAAAACAUCUACAUUUGCAAUCUUUUCAUGACACAUCUACUCAUAUUUGAAACGUAAAAUUUCGCACGGAGACUGCUCUAUGUCUACGCUGUCUGAAACUAAACUUUUUAUGCGGCUAAAAAUUUUGUUGCAAUUGGUCCAUAGUGCAGCGUCACCACCUGUCUUUUGUUUUUGCUUCAUUUAUACCCUUGCCAAGCCUCUUUUACAAUAAGGGUGGCUUUUCUAGAGUUCUCUAUCAGUUAUUUAUUAAUGCAGCUCAAAUUAUUUUCCUCUUUAGCAUCACUUUAAAUAUUGAAAGUGUUUCCCUCUAAUAAAAUGCAGCUGUUGUUAUCAUAUUUGUCUUUAUAAGUGCAGCUUCUCUGAUAAGUAACUCGAGUCCAUGAAACAUGUGGGAAAAUUCAGACUUUACAAAUACUUUCUGUUACAGAAAGAAAUCACUUAGUGAUUUGUUUUUUUAAUGCUGGCCCUUCAAAUCUGCAUGUUUUGCAUCAUUCUACAUAUCUCCUUACACUUGUCUGAUUUCAACUGGUUUGUUGAUGUGAUGUGUUGGGAUGGGGGGGGGGGGGGCGACAGUGGCCUCCAGUAUUUCUUUUUUGUGUGUGAUAUCUUUGUUAUCACUUGCAAAUUCAUUGUGAGCUGAUCGAAAUUUUAAAUUUACUUUUGCUGUUAGUAAUUUGGAAAAAAAAACAAUGUGAGAACAUGUGAAUAUUUGCUGCAAGACUUUAGCUACAUGUAUGUGAUAUCCAUCGAGACUAUUGUGAGUGAUGUCAGUGUAAUAUGAACAGUGAUGCCUUGUUUUUCGUGCCACGUUACAUGGUAGCUUCUACAUUGAAGGUAAGAAGUGAAUAUGAGUUAAGUUCAAGUUGGCAAUAAGGAGGGCUGUGUUUGUCAAGAUAGUUGCAUGUCGGGAUCACUUACCUCGAGUUUAAGGGCUCAGACAUGCUCUAAUACCAUGAUGAGGGAAGCAGCACUUAGCUUGUAUCCUGGCACUUGGCAGCAGUGUCUUGAUGCAGUGCAAGGUAAGAGUUACCUUUGCAAUUUGCUGUGUGAUGUGUUGUAGAGCUCACAUUAAUUUUGGAAGGUCAUUUAUACCUGGUGCCCUGGGCUAUUACUAGGUGUGGAUUUUUGCACAUACCUGAGACUGUUUAUGCAACAAUUGCAUUAACAUAUCAAUGUUGUUCAGAAAAGAACACAAACAACAUAUAGUUCAUGCUAUUUUGUGCUCGCAUAGUAAGUGCUGCCACUUUUCAUACUCUGGACAAGAAUUCCUCUGAAAAGCUGGUCUGCAUGGCCAGUUUCUUUGUGGUGUGCACUGUGCAGUACCAGUGAUUUUACUCUUUCAAACAUUGCUUUCCAAGUUUUUCUCACUGCAAAAAAAAAAAAAAAAAUUAUGGGGUUUUACAUGCCAAAACCACAAUCUGAUUAUGAGGCACACUGUAGUGGGGAAACUCCGGAAAUUUCGACCCCCUGGGGUUCUUUAACGUGCACCUAAAUCUAAGUAUACGGGUGUUUUUGCAUUUCGCCCCCAUCGAAAUGCGGCCGCCGUGGCCGGGAUUCGAUCCCGCGACCUCGUGCUCAGCAGCCCAACACCAUAGCCACUGAGCAACCACGGCGGGUUUUUCUCACUGCAGAAGCAGUCGAAAUGCAUAUGGUUUUACAUGUUUUCAUAUUUUUUAUUUGCUCAUGCAAGCACUCCUAAUUUUCCUGUGUGUCUAUAUCAUGUGUUAUACAUAUUUGUUGUAUGUACAUACCACAAGAAGCAAUAAAUGCUCUCGGUGUUA